UACGAACAGGUCAAUUGUCCUGGAAAGACCAUCGUCGGCAUGCUCGUUGAAUAUCCUCCUAGUGGUGCCACCCCUCCUCAUCGCCAUGGAGGUGCGUCUGUCUCUGCCUAUGUUAUCCAUGGCUCUCUCUUGAACAAAAUGAACAACGACCCGAUGAGAUUGGUUGAGAAAGGGGUUCCUGGCUGUCACCAUCGUAUUGGCGCCAACGCCAGCCAGACCGAGCCAGCAGCCUUCUUCGUCAGUUUUGUGAUUGACUCUGAGACGCUGGAGCGAGAAGGCCCAUCGGUGCUGGUGCAAUACGACGCGGAAGACAAGGAUGUCAUGGCGCAGAAGAUGCGAGGAUAA